GUUAUUAUUUACCCCGUAUCUGACAGUCAUGUCUUUCAAUACAGGACAAUUCGGUGGCAACGAGGACUAUCAAAAGCAGGAACAACAACAGCACCCUGCGUUGUCAUCGCAAUCCCACUACUCGGUGCGCAAUACGUUCAUCGACUUCUCUGCUCCUGAGCCCCCUCUGGGUGAUCCCGCUACCAUGGAUGACAAUGGUAAUGGUCGUCCGUCUAUGGCGUUGAAGGCUAGGAGCAUGCCGGAAGGCACCAAUAUCGACCGGACCGCAUCUCGAUUGGCCAGCAUGCUCUUUCGUGGUGGUGCGGCAUUCGGGUUUGGGCAAGCUGCCCCACAAGUUUCCACUUCCGUGUUGCAUCAGCCCUUCUCGGGCACUCCUGAAACUAUACCCGAGGCUGGACCAGAAGACAGCUCUGGUUCAUCAGUUCAGAGCCUCGACAAUAAUAUGUCCAGAAUUGUGGUCGGAGGUGAAGGAGUAGCAACUCAUAAUAAUAAUAUCUCGACUAGUGAACAAUCGGGCUCGCCCUUUGAUACUCCUAUCAAUGAAUAUACUACUCUCAAUUCUGUGAUCUCGCCGCCAUCUUCUAAGACGAGCUCUCCUCCUCCUCCUUCUCCUCCUGCUGCUGCGACUACUAAUGACGGCAGUAGCAAGAGAUCAACGGGUCCUACUCACAUCAAUAUGAGUCAGCUUAGUGAAGAGCAACGAGACCGAUUGCUGUCAUUGAUACCUAGAGACCCCGAGACUGGGAAGCAGCUUUCGGCAGGGAGUAUAGUCCAUGAACUUGGUACAUGUAGGCCUUGCGUCUUCGCCAAUAACACAGAGAGGCCCUGUGUCUUUGGUGUGGAGUGUCUUUUCUGUCACUAUCAUCAUGAUAUUCGUAAGAGAUCGAGGAUGAGCCGUAAGCAACGGGUGGAGGCACGUAAGAUGCGAGAGACUCAGAAUUCCAUCGGCUGUACUCUGGGUUCUCCAGUACUCGGUGAUGGGGCCUCGGCAGAGGAGAUCUUCCAAUGCCUUGUGGGCCAUGCUCAUGCUGUGGAGCUCCAGAAGGUCACGUUAGAUCAUCUAUUGGAUUCACCUUCCGACAUGCCACCACCAUUUUGCACACCAUCACAUACCACUUCCCAGUACAAUAAUGAUAUGCAUUAGGUAGUCUAUUAGUAUAGCCAUUGUGUACUGUGGUUGAUGUGUACAAGAUACACUGUAUUGUUAUUGACUCUGGUAAAAGCUACUCGUCAAUGUGUUCUCAUUGAUGUUGGAUUGUUGAUACUCCAUCUUGAUGGAGCAUCAUCUGUAUGAUCAUUAUCUGCUUCUAUAACCCCACAUUUUCUGGACUAU